AUGUUUUACUCGCAUCAGCUUCUAGCUCGCAAAGCUCCUCUAGGCCAAAUCUGGAUGGCUGCGACAAUGCACGCGAAGAUUAAUCGGAGGAAGCUCGAUAAGUUGAACAUAAUCAAAAUUUGUGAGGAGAUUUUGAAUCCUUCGGUUCCGAUGGCUCUAAGACUCUCGGGGAUUCUUAUGGGUGGCGUUGUCAUUGUUUAUGAACGGAAAGUUAAAAUUCUUUACGAGGAUGUAACUCGCCUUCUGAUUGAGAUAAACGAAGCAUGGAAAGUGAAAGCAGCUCCAGAGCCCACCGCCCUUCCCAAAGGAAAAUCUCUGGCCAAGAAGGAAGCUGUUACUAGGCCUGAGAAGGAUCCGAACGAUGUUUCCUAUGACACCUCUCCAAUGAAGUUUCAGCAAACCGCAUUUUUUAGUAUGCGGCUUGACAGUGUGGAUGAACCCUAUAUCAACGACAAAACGGUGGAAGAUGACCCAUCACAAAACUUCCAUCAAAGUUUUAUUCCGUCCCUUGAACUCAUUUUCUGCAUAACUAUUAAAUUCAUGAUGCCUGAUAUUGAAAAUAUAACCUUAAUUGAGCGUUUUGAUAUGUAUCAAUCAAAGACAAGUACAUUUGAUCGGUUUGAAAGAUUUGAUAUUGAAGAGUACGAGGAUACACAACCAGAUUUUGCAUCUGUAGAUCAAACACAAAUUCCAGCUACUGUUAGACCUUCCCCUCCUCCUCCAGACAAGUAUCCAGAAGGCCCUCCUGAUGCUGAAGUCCAGGACCAACAUCUUGAACACAAUGUUGAUCAGCCGGCCAAGGAAUCCAAGGAGCAUAGACAGCUGGAGCAGGAGGCAAGAAAAAGGAAAGCAAAAAGAACAGCAGCCUCUUUGAUGGACUAUGAACAGACCAUCAUUCCUGGACAUGUAUACCAAUCUUGGCUAAAAGAUGUCUCGGAUCUGAUCUCUAGAAGAAGAAGAAAGAGAAAGGUUCUUAGUCUUCAACCUCAGCGGACAGGUCCAAUGUUCACUAAGAAGAUAGUCACUCUCAUGGACCUUCCUCCUGUGGUGUUAAGUGAACGCUUGUUCACAGAAGGAAGUAGAGAAGCCUACUAUCCAGCUCCUCUCCUAGAGUUAUGGAUGAGAAGUAUACGUCAAUCCCCUGACUCACCUUCUGAUCAUUACAGUGGAGUUGGUUCUCAGUCGUUUGGAGGUUCCAUGGAGAAGCUAAUGACCGGACAAGUCAAUGAUGGUGCCGAGAUUCCUCUGGAAGAACUUGGACCCAAUAUCAUGGAUAAUGUUAUGGAGAUGGCUGAAAGAAAUCAAAUGGGUACACCUGGAAAUUCCGGAUUUGGAGUGAGGUCAGUUUCAAGCUCAGCAUCUGAACAUGAUGUGCUAUCAAAAAAUUCAGGGACUGAUUCUGUACGGUUCAACAAGAAAAGACCUUAUUCUUCAUCUAAGCGAAGUAGCGGAGGCCUCGAACCUGUAGCUGAGGAGAAUCCAUGGUCUCAUCAUUCUGAUCCAAAUUUCAAGUUAGCGAGGUUGUCUGAAAAUGAUCCAGAUUUAUUGGAAGAAACUGCAUUGACACAAACUCAAGUUUCUCAAGCUGCUUUCAAGCAUCCUCCUGCUGACAAGAUAACUGAUUCCAUUCGAAUGCAAAUGAAGGCACAUUUCGAUACGCCAGGAGCCGCAUCAACAGAAUCUCUAAACAAUUUGGCUGCUGGAAUGAACCGCAAAGCAGCUGCUAUGCUCUUCUAUCAAACUUGCGUUCUAGCUUCAAGUGAUUACUUAAAGGUCAACCAACAAGUUCCCUUUGGAGAUAUUUUCAUCUCUAAAGGUACAAAAAUGUGACGAGGAGUGAGGUCAGCAUCUUAAACUUACUAAAGCCACCAUCACGCACAUACACACACACAUAUAUAUAUUCUGCCAAUACAAUUUUUACUGAAAUAGCAUCUUGUUUGUCAUUUAUACAUAGAA